AUGACAAAGCUGCAUCAGCUCUUCGCGGCCAAUGUCGACAUGCAUCGUGCUGAAUCAUACCCCUCCGACUCGACGUAUCUGGCCGCCGAUGCCGAGCUGAUGAGGCGGUUUCAUAACGUUCUGAUUGACGACUCGGAGCUUCGCGAUGCGGGCCUCGGCGAGGUGAGGCGGUACGUGAGCAACUGGAUCGAGUCGAUACCCGAGCCGCGGGGAGGACCGCGGUACAACACAUUUGUGCUUCUGGACUCGCAGGUGGUCGACAAUCUGAAUCGACUUCCUGACAAGCUCACAACCGAGGAAUGGGACAAAAUGUACCAGAGCCGGAGCCAUGAGUGGAUAAAGUUUGUAGACGUCGAUGAGCAUAGUGGAGAGAACAUUCGGGUUUGGGUCUGGGAUCUACUUGGACUUUAUUCUAUAAUCAUCUACAAGGACUAUGGGGUGGCUGAGGUCGUCGGUGAAAGAGGCUUCCGAUGGAGGCUGGGACUUUUUUGGCGGAAUCUAGGUCAAUUCUGCGAGCUCCAUUAUAGAUAA